AUGAAGAGCGUAAGGGAGACUUUAAAGUCACAAUUGAUCAUUUUAAUCAUGGUACAUUCUUCCGAUAUAAAAAAUAUUCUGCGCAGAAGAGAGGAAGCACAGAGACUAGAGAAUCUAGACACCGAAGACAAUUCAAAUGAUGACUAGGCUGCCCAAGUUCCAUAAAAGACUGAUAAAAACCAACUGAAUUGGCAAAAGAUUGUUGAUAUGCUAUACUCUUCGAAAUUGCAAAUGGACAUGCUUAAUGAUAUGAGCAAGUGUGCAGUAAAUAAACUAGACCCUUAAUACCAGGAGAAGAUGAUUGAGUAUAACAUUAACCAGGAUUUAAUGAACAAACAGCAAGCAAUCGAUCAUGCCUAGUCAAUACUCUCGCUAGAUUCCUGCAUCGAUAGAGUUUCAUAGUAGAUUUAACUCAUUCAAGAGCAACAGAAACUAGAUAAGCAGGAAUUUGAUUACCUUAUGUUCCUUCGCAGGAAAUAUCUAAUCAUUGAUAUUCGUAAGGAUCCCUAUUUAGGCAAAUCUUUUGCAAAGUAGCCAGUUGGACUUCUACAGCAAAAACACUAUGUGAUCACCUUGAACUUCAAGAGCUUUAUGAAGCCAAAGUGCAAAGCAGCCCAGAAAUAGAUCAGCAAUCAUUACUUGACAAAGAAUUAAGAGUUAAUGAGAAGAGUUAUAGUCUAGGUAACAAAAAAUAACCACAUAUCAUUGCAUUUCCACCCUAAAAUCAAGGAGAAAUAGCUUCUCUAUCUAAAGCUGACAAUAAAUGUGAAAAAUAUUGAAGAGAAGGAAUAGUCACUAGAAAAUAAGUUGUUUGAAUAUUCUGAGUAAACAUAUUACUUUGACUUUAGUGAUGUUGAGAAAACAGAGAAAAUAGACAGAGAUGCUGAUCAACUUAGCAGAGGAUCCUCGAAAAAUAAAUUAAAAAUAGAAUAACUAGAUAAAUAACUAAAGCUAGGUAUCAGAUCAUUAAUGCUAUAUGAUCUCUUUUACAAGGCAAUCCAAGAAAAGGACUUCAAUUUAAACUCCUAUCCAAUAAAUAUAGACAUUGAUCAAGAUAAGUAUUUAGUAUGCACUAAACUUUACCUAAUGAAUGUAAUGAAAAUCAAGGUGAAAAUGGAAUUUUCAGAUUUAAAAUUUGAAGAAGCUUUAAACCAAGAUUGCUAAGAUGAUGCUCAUAUUCACUUAAACAAAUCAGCCAUGCGCUAGUUAAUACUGAAUUUAGCUGAAAAUACGCAUACAGCUAGUGUAAUUAGGAAUCUUUACUUCAUAUUAGUGAAGAAGUACCUUAGUAAUCUGUUUUCUACAGUAUUUGAAAACAUAUGUGGCUUUAGAGACAUCUUUAUUUCAACCAGAUAUAACACUUAUGAAGAUAUAUCCUGGGAUAUAAGCAAACUCAAGCAGAGACCAGAGGUUCAGCCUAGAUCUAGGGAAUAGGAUAAUCAGGCAGGAAUGAUGCUGAUCAACUAAAUAAACUACAAUUUAACUUGUUUCCUAAACCCCAGGAUAACUAUAUACAUGAAUCAGCGAUUUCAACUUACUGUUAAGGAAGAUGAAUUAGAGGGGCUGAGAAAUACAGAUACUGAUGCCGAAUAGAUUCAGUUUAUUAAUUUCUUCUUUACUAAGAAACCUUUGAACAGUUAUAGUGAAUUAAUCAGGAUAGCAAGGUAAUUAAAAGAUCUCACUGAAGAUGUAUUUCAAUGA